UCUGUCUUGUUGUAUUCUCCAGAGGGCAGCCAUGUCGGAGACUGGAGAGGCGAUGACACAACCUAUUAACCUGAUCUUCCGGUUUCUGGUCCAGAAGAUGCGGGUGCUGGUCUGGCUGCGGGACAACACUAAGCUGCAGAUUGAGGGCGUCAUCAUCGGGUACGACGAGUUUAUGAACCUGACGCUCACUGACGCGGCAGAGAUCACUUUGCAGAAGGGCAAGCGGAUCGGCGAGCCGGUCGACAUUGGCCGCAUUCUGCUCAAGGGCAACAACAUCGCUCUCAUUCAGCCGGCGCCCGUUCCUGUUGACGACGGCGCGCCCGCGGCCAUGACCGAGGCCUAGUAGCCGCAGUAAAGCCAAAUGCCUUCCUC